CGAGGGAAGAGGGGGCUCUGCUGGAUCCCACUCAGAGAGCCCUCUACAGGGAUGUCAUGCAGGAGAACUAUGAGACGGUGGUCUUUCUGGUAGGGUUUCCAGUUUUGAAACCUGAUGUGAUCUCGCAGCUAGAGCGAGGGGAAGAGCCAUGGGUCCCAGACCUCCAGGGCUCUGAGAAAGAAGUGCUCCUGAGAGCUGCCUGCACAGGGAGUCACCUAUGUCUGGAUUCUCUCUGUCUCCCAUCAGGUGAUGGGAAGGUGAGUGAGAAUGAGGAGAAACCCCAGCAGGAAGAUGCUAAGCAAGUAGAACCAGAUGGGACAUUAUCAGGAAGAUCCAAAGGGAAUGUUUUAGGGAGUUGUGCGCUUCCAGAAAAAGCAAAAGCCUGUGAGACUCAGCAGAGGCCAGAGGAAAACUUCAGUAGCCACUCAGAUCUUAUUACAUGCAAGAGAAUCAACUUGGAAGAAACACGCUACACAUGCCAUAAGUGUGGGAAAAGCUUCAAUGGGAGCUCAGACCUUUUGACACAUCAGAGAAUUCACAGGGAAGAGAAACCUUACAAGUGCUCUGAGUGCGGGAAACGCUUCAAUCGAAACUCUGCCCUUAUCACACAUAGGAGAAUCCACACGGGUGAGAAACCUUACGGAUGCUCUGAGUGUGGGAAAAGCUUCAAUCGGAGCUCACACCUUAUCACGCAUCAGACAAUCCACACGAGUGAGAAACCUUAUGGAUGCUCUGAGUGCGGGAAACGCUUCAAUCGGCGCUCACACCUUAUCACACAUAGAAGAAUCCACACUGGGGAGAAACCUUAUGGAUGCUCUGAGUGUGGAAAACGCUUCACUGAUAGUUCAGCCCUCAUCUCACAUCAGCGAAUCCACACAGGAGAGAUGCCCUACACAUGUUCUGAGUGUGGGAAAAGCUUCAAUCAGCGCUCACACCUUACCACACAUCAGACAAUCCACACGGGUGAGAAACCUUAUGGAUGCUCUGAGUGCGGGAAAUGCUUCAGUCGAAGCUCACAGCUUAUCACACAUCGAAGAAUCCACACAGGAGAGAAACCCUACAUGUGCUCUGAGUGUGGGAAACGCUUCAAUCGGAGCUCAAACCUUAUUAGACAUCAGACAAUCCAUAUGAGAGAGAACUCUAAUAAAUGUCUUGACUAAGGCUGGUCAAAAGAUUUAAAAAAAAAAAUCACAUUUGCUAAUUCCCACAUAGUGAUCUUUGCACCGUCUUCACUGUGGUCUCUCGGCUCCCCCAGAAGAGUUGCCUGCUUCUGCCUUUUGCAGCUCACCCUUCUUUGGGUCAGUCCGGUGAUCUUUUCUAUCAGCUGCUUUCCUUUGGAGUCAUAGGAGUGUGUGUCAUAGAAUCAUAGAAUAUUAGGGUUGGAGGAGACCUCAGGAGGUCAUCUAGUCCAAUCCCCUGCUCAAAGCAGGACCAACACUAAUUCAAUCAUCUCAGCCAAGGCUUUGCCAAGCUGUGCCUUGGAAACCUCUAAGUAUGGAAAUUCUGCCACCUCCCUAGGUAUCCCAUUCCAGUGCUUCACCACCCUCCUAGUGAAAUAGUGUUUCCUAAUAUCCA